AGUAGGAGAGAGAGAGAGAGAGAGAGACAAAAGCGGGAAGGGAGGAGGAGGGAAAGAGGAGGAGGCGGAUUUGCAGUGAUAGGCGGUGCGCAAGGCGUGCGCUGGCCACUUUGCCGAAGUGUCUUGAACGCGGAAAGGAGGAGAGCGCCGGGGUCUGUCCACAUCAGCGGCAGCAACGCGGGCUCUUGUCCUGCCCCGCCCAGCCUGGACCUCUUUGCGCCAGACCGUCUAUCGUCUGAAUCCCGCCGCCCAUCCCCGCGCCUCGGGCCGCAUGCGCUUGAUGUUCGCGGAAUUCCGCUCCAAAGGCAACCCCUUGCCGGACACGGGAGGGGGCCAUGAACGGGCUCUGGCGAUGAACUGCGGCGAGACCAAGGAGAUGGAAGCCGCCGCCGCUCACUUCAGCUUCUGCCAGAACCUUCUAGAACACACCGUGUCGGCCGAGAACCUCAAUUACCGCCUGCAGAGGAACUCUGGCAGCAGCCUGACCUGGCACGACGGGCGAAGCCAGCGGUCGGCGGGAGGGAGGACCGUCAAACUCCUGCAGCAGCCAGGAACAGAAGGCUCCCAGGUCCGGACCUACGAUCACUACGGCAUCUACCACACCAGCCCGACGCUUGGGAGCCUGACCAAGCCGGUGGUCCUUUGGACUCAGCAAGAUGUGUGCAAGUGGCUCAAAAAGCACUGCCCACACAAUUAUCUCAUCUACGUGGAGGCCUUUUCCCAUCACGCCAUCACAGGACGGGCGCUGCUGCGGCUGAACGCGGAGAAGUUGCAGCGUAUGGGGAUAAUCCACGAGUCUCAGCGGCAGGAAGUCCUCCAGCAGGUGCUGCAACUGCAGGUGCGCGAGGAAGUCCGCAACCUACAGCUCCUCAGUCAAGAGACCAGCUGCUCUCUGGCUCAGAACUCAUGCCACACCAAACCACCGCCACUAGGACUUGUCAAACUCAGCCUUGUGGGAUCCGAUCACAGUGCGAAAUUGUUUCCUUGACGAAACCAGCGAGGACAGACUUUUGGUUCGCUUUCCCCUGAGAAGGACUCGGAAGACUUCUGAAUCCGAGGAUUUUGCAAAUGCUUCACUCGUUUCGUUGUACAGGCAUCUUGGAUCUCGUCCAGAGGCUCUCCUUAGUGAUCCGGGUGUGUGGGCUGGAGUGGUUCAGAGGCCGUCCUCCAAAUUCAGGACUCCCAGGUUGAACCCUUGCCUUUGUCACAAACUCACCAGCCUCUGACACUCCGCACACCGCUGUCUGCAAUAUGAGGAUAAAAGUCCUGGCCUACCUUACAGGGCUGUUGGGAGGAUAACAACCAGGUGCCCAUCAUUUUGAACACUCGUUAACAUGCUACGUAAGCACUGUUGAUUAUUACUAAUGCUACGUGAGAGUAAAAGCAAUUGGGGAGGGUCCUGUUUGUGGGUGUGUCGCUGCAAAACUUUGGUCAGAUUUUUAACCUGAAUGCACAAAUGCCCAGACUUGACUUUUUAAAAAUAAUACGCUUUUAGGGCAAUUCCUGCUGCUAAUUGCAGUGGAUUCUGCCCAACAUUCAGACUGUCUCCUCCUUGCUGAGGCUGUGAUGUAUUUGGGGAGGGGGGGUUGUAUUGAGAAGCCAAGGCUGGAUUGAGACUAAUGGCAACCGGUGGCUCUACAUACUGCCAGACUCUGGCCACGGAAGCAGCCUGUCUCUGUCACUGGUCACCUUGGAAAUUUUGGAGGGACUGUUGCUCAUUGGUAAAUCACCCCUUUAGCAUGCAAAUAGUCUCACGUUCAGUUCCUGGGGUCUUCAGUUCCAAAGAUUUGGGAGCAGUUGUUGGGAGGGACCUCCUGGCUGAGACCCCGGACAGAAACUCUGCCCCAUACUAAACUUUGCGGACAAAUACUUGGACCUGCUAUAAGGCCACUUCCUAACAACAACCCACAUUUCUGGAACAGGAAUUUAAAUUAAAAGUUGCCCAGUGAAGCUUUAUGUAUUUUAACAAGGUUUUCUGUAAAA